GCCCUUUUUCCCUUUGAAAUUGAACCCUAAGACAAACUAGGAAGAAAACGCAAUGAUGCUUGGGUGCCAGAGCUACGGCUCCAGAGAAUUAGGGCAAGAGCGUUUCCAAAGCUCACUAAUGCAAACUCACGUUUUCCCUCCAUCUCCAAGUAAGCUUCUUCAUAAACCUCCUGUCAGAGCUGGGGUUUUUCUAGGGUUUAGUCUCCACAACCACAACCCUUCCAACAGACAACACCACUAUUAUACUGGCCAAAACCUUGAGAUUCUCGUGAAUUCACAUACCCAGAAGCAGAAUUCUUCAGGAGGAACUAGGGUUUUUGCAGGGUUUAAGGUUCAGUCUCAUUCGAAGACGCUGGCUUUUCCCACCAAAGUUUCUUCUCUCAAUGGUAACAAGAAGAAGAGGUACGGCGGCGUAUUGCCUUCGAUUUUGCGGUCCUUGGAAUCCAACGACGAUGUCGAGAAAAUCCUCGUAGAAUUCGGCGCAAAUCUGAGUCCAAAAGAACAGACUGUAAUUCUCAAAGAGCAGAGGAACUGGGAAAGGGUUGUUCGGGUAUUCGAGUGGUUCAAGUCGCAGAAAGAGUACGUCCCCAAUGUCAUUCACUACAACGUUGUGCUGCGGGCACUGGGUAGAGCUCAGAAAUGGGACGAGUUGAGGCUCCAGUGGAUCGAAAUGGCGAAAACUGGAGUUUUUCCGACGAACAACACGUAUGGAAUGCUUGUGGACGUGUAUGGAAAAGCGGGUCUUGUGAAAGAAGCGGUUUUGUGGAUUAAGCAUAUGAGAGUGAGGGGGAUUUUUCCGGAUGAGGUGACAAUGAGCACGGUGGUUCGCGUUUUGAAAGACGGAGGAGAGUAUGAUAGAGCGGACAGAUUUUACAAGGACUGGUGUAUGGGAAGGAUUGAGCUUGAUUUGGAUUCUAUGGUAGAUGGAUCGGGCUCGGAACCCGUCAGUUUUAAGCAUUUCUUGUCCACUGAACUUUUCAGGACAGGUGGGAGAAUUCCCGGUUCCAGAAGUUUGACAUCUUCAUUGGAGAGUGAGAGUUCCAUUAGGAAGCCAAGACUUACUUCUACUUAUAAUACUUUGAUUGAUAUGUAUGGGAAAGCCGGGCGGUUGGAGGAUGCAGCCAAUGUGUUUGGUGAAAUGUUGAAGUCAGGAGUGGCAAUGGAUACUAUAACUUUUAACACUAUGAUUUUUACUUGUGGAAGUCAUGGCCAUUUGGCUGAGGCAGAAGCUUUGCUUGCUAAGAUGGAAGAAAGGAGAAUAUCUCCCGAUACGAAAACUUAUAACAUCUUUUUGUCUUUGUACGCUGAAGUGGGUGACAUUGAUAAAUCUCUCGAGUGCUAUAGGAAGAUCAGGGAUGUGGGACUUUACCCAGACCUUGUGACUCACAGGGCUGUGCUUCAUGUUUUGUGUCAGAGAAACAUGGUUCGGGAUGUCGAGAUUGUGAUUGAAGAUAUGGAGAAGUCUGGUGUGCGGAUUGAUGAGCAUUCUGUCCCCGGCGUCGUUAAGAUGUAUGUUGAUAAUGGACUGCUUGACCACGCAAAGUUGUUUGUUGAGAAAUGCCAGAAGGAUGGUGGGUUUUUGUCGAAAACAUAUGUGGCAAUUAUAGAUGUGUAUGCUGAAAAGGGACUGUGGGUUGAGGCCGAGGCUGUGUUUUUUGGCAAAAGAGAUUUGGUUGGAAAGAAAUGGAAUGUCAUGGAAUAUAAUGUCAUGGUAAAAGCCUAUGGCAAGGCAAAGCUUUAUGAUAAAGCUCUCUCUCUCUUCAAGGGCAUGAGAAAUCAUGGGGCUUGGCCUGAUGAGUGCACUUACAAUUCUCUCAUUCAGAUGUUCUCCAAAGGAGAUUUAGUGGACCGAGCAGUAGACCUCCUGAGUGAAAUGCAGGGAAUGGGUCUUAAGCCAAACUGUCUAACCUUCUCCGCUCUCAUUGCGUGCUAUGCUCGCCUUGGCCAGCUUUCUGAAGCAGUCGGUGUGUACCAAAAAAUGUUAAGCACAGGGGUGAAACCGAAUGAAGUCGUGUAUGGAGCUCUAGUGAAUGGAUUUGCAGAAUCUGGCAAAGUGGAAGAAGCAUUGAAGUAUUUUCAGCGGAUGGAAGAAUCUGGGAUUUCAGCAAAUCAAAUAGUUUUGACAUCGCUGAUUAAGGCUUAUGGUAAGGCCGGGUGCUUGGAAGCAGCAACGUUGCUAUAUGAUAGGAUGAGAGGUUUCAAGGGCGGUCCUGAUAUUGUAGCAUCCAACAGUAUGAUCAAUCUUUAUGCAGUUCUUGGAAUGGUAUCUGAAGCAAAGUCGGUGUUUGAAGAUUUGAGAAAAGAGGGUUUGGCAGACGAAGUUUCAUUUGCAACCAUGAUGAAUCUUUACAAGAGCACGGGCAUGUUUGAUGAUGCUGUCCGAGUAGCAGAGGAAAUGAAAGAGUCUGGUUUAGUAAAGGACUGUGCUUCAUUUACCAUGGUAAUGGCAUGUUAUGCCGCCAGUGGGCAGCUACGCAAGUGUGGCGAACUUCUGCACGAAAUGGUUACUCGGAAACUCUUGCCUGACAGUUGGACCUUCAAGGUUUUGUUUACCGUAUUGAAGAAAGGCGGGCUGUCAAUUGAAGCAGUGGCACAGCUAGAGUCAUCUUAUCAGGAAGGCAAACCUUAUUCACGGCAAGCGGUAAUCACUUCUGUUUUUUCUGUGGUGGGUAUGCAUGAUUUGGCACUAGAAUUCUGUAAAGUAUUCGCGAAAGAGGAUCUGAAACUCGACUCUUUUGCAUACAACGUUGCGAUAUAUGUCUACGGGGCAGCUGGGAAAAUUGACAAGGCUCUGAAUAUGUCCCUAAAAAUGCAUGACGAUGAUCUGGAACCAGACGUUGUAACGUAUAUCAACCUGGUUGGUUGUUAUGGGAAAGCUGGAAUGGUUGAAGGUGUGAAGCGCAUUUACAGCCAGUUAAAAAGUGCAGAAAUUGAACAAAACGAGUCAUUGUAUAGGGCCAUAAUAGAUGCCUAUAAAAGUGCCAAUAGACCUGACCUUGCCAAUUUGGCGAGCCAAGAGAUGAAAUUUGUACUCGACUCGGAACAAUAUGCUGGUUCCGAAACUGGAGACGAAUUUGAUGAGAGUUUUUCAGAGACAGAAAGUUCAUGAUAGUAAGAUGAUCAAAGACUCCAAGAUCCGAGUGUUGGAGUCUGUAGGAGGAAAAAGAAUAUUUAUCUCCGCAAAUCGUGUGUAAUUUGUGCAUUGUAUAUAUAAGUUUAACAUUUAAACAUUCCAACACCGACUACAAUUUUGUUUAUCCAAUCUAUUCGGUUCUUCAAUUUGCUAGUUCUUGUACAACCUCAUCACUCAAAAAACGUUCUCCCUUGCACAAUUAUGUAGGGCUCGGAUCUUGUUCGUGAGUUUAUUUAUGCGUUGACGAUUUGUCUUGGAUUUUUUGUCUUGAAUUUUUCUAUUCACGAUGAAGGAAAAUCUACUCUCUCACAGUCAAGUCCAAUCCUUGGUCUUG